AGCAGUCUCCAAGCGCGCAGGCGCUGCAAAACGUGAUCCUCGAGCUUGCCAGUCGCGCAGGCGCAGUGAGUCAGGCUGUUGGGCGCUCAGACCAAAGAUCCUAUAGCAAGGGCUAUCCGAGAUGUCGGGCGCGCAGGCUCGGCGUGAUGGGUCCUAGGGAGCGGCAGACUUCCUUCGGUUGCCGGGCAAUGAAACUGAAUCUGCAAAUGAAGCUACAAUUUUACUUCUACAAAAUGCCUGCUGGUUUCAUAUUCAGUGUCUCUGUUUUUCUAUUCCCAUCUACUUUCACUCAAAACAACCCAAAUCCCAUUUACUUUUUGGAUAAGAGAGGUGACAUUCUUUUAGAAGGACCAGAUAUUCCUGAAAACAGAUCUGUUGUCUGGGAAUGGAAACCACAUUCAGGAGAAGAAAUUCAGCAGUUGGUUACAUUAAGCAAAGAUGAUUCGGGUUCUUGGGGUGCGCAGUGGAGUGAGCAUCUCAACAAUUAUUUGCAAAAGAAAAUCAAAUGGGAUUAUGCUACUCUAAAUCUGAAAAUUAGAAAACCCACAUUUAAACUUGCCGGAUUGUUCAUUUUGACUCAAACACACCCAAAAAAUAAAACGUUGAAAUGGUAUGAAAUGUUUGGGAUUAAAGUUGAAUCAAGCCCACGGCAGCCUAUGGUUGGCAGUGAUGUCACACUCAGUUGUACCAUCUCCAAACCAUCUGAUACUGUCAGUCUUCAUUGGAAACAAAUAGAGACAUCUCAGCAGAACAGAAGGAACAUUGAUCAAAUCCGACUAAAUCAUACAAUCUAUCUGAUAAUUAAACAUGUUACAGUAGAGGAUAAAGAGAUGUAUGUUUGUGAAGUACAAGGAAAUGGAUCCAUUAUUCACAAAGCACGGACAGAUUUUUCUGUGUCCUCAUAUUUAAAUCUUAAGAGUUACCAACUCUAUCGCCUGGCUACAGAUCACAGUGAACUCCAGCUGAUUUGCUUUCAUUAUUACAAUAUUGUUUACUCUGAUUACGCUGCAUGGACAUGGAAGUCAUCUCAUCUUCAAAGUCAAGAGAAAGAAAUAGUAUCCGCGUCAAGAUUUAUGCCCUUCAAUGUGAACAGGACCCAUUUUGGGAAUCGACUGGUACCUAUAAUGGCAAACUUUAAUGGCUUAGAUUUCAAUGUGAGGAUUACCCCUGUGCUUUUUGAAGAUGCAGGAGUUUAUUCGUGUUCUUUGGGUUCAGAUAAAUUCGUGACCAUUAAAUUAAUUACUGUUAAAGUUACUGCUGAACCAUCAGAUGCAAUGACUGAAGGAGACAAUGUUACUCUGACCUGCUCUGUUUCUGAGGUCACUGAAUCAAUGAGACUUGUGUGGAUCAACAGUGAAGGUAAAACUGUUGAAGAGAAAUUUUUUGAAGGCGGAGAGCCAGAAGAUAAUUUUUUGCAGCUGAUUACUCAGAAAGCAGAUAGAGACACGGGAAGCUGGAUGUGUGUUUUGUUUCAUCAAAACACUCCGCAACAUUUAGUUCUAUAUCAGAAGGUUUCCAAUGAUUACACUUUCAAACACACAAAUGUGAUUAUUAUCGGAUGUCUGGCUCUACUAAUCAUCAUUAUGCUGCCACUAAUAUUAUGCCUAAGAAAGCGCAAGGUUUCAGGUUUGGAAAAGCAAAGCAAGGAUCCUCUUCAAUCAAAAGAAGAGACGUCUCAACUUUUCUCAAAUCACAAAGUACAACAAAUGCAAGGACAGUAACCAGAUUUGGUGCACCAAACAAUAUUCAAAUGCUAUCCCGUUCAUUUCAGAGGAAGACUAUUCAUCGCUUAUCUACAUACAAGUAGCAUAAGUUACGUAUGAAUAAGCUACAGAAAAUAAAAGGAAGAGUUUAAAAAUCGAUAUGUGGAAUAUAACAUGUUCAAGAAUUGGUGACUUUAUCUGCAAACAGUUCUGUAGCUUUGGAAAUAAAAAAGACUACACUACAGGUGCUGGAUCUGGAGCAAAAAAACAAAUUGCCUGAGAAUUCAGUGGGUCAGGCAGCAUCUGGUGAGGAUAAAGGAUGGUCGAAAUGCAGGGACUCAACCUGAAACAUUGACUCUCCCUCUGCCUCCAUAGAUGCUGCCUGGCUUGCUGAGUUCCUCCAGCAAUUUGUUUUUUGUUUUUUUUGCUCCUGUGGCUUUCUUCCUCUGAUUGCACCAGCCCUUUCAAACGUGAACAUCAAUUAAAAAUUGAUAUUUUCAUUAGAAACCAUAUUGGCUUACCUAAUAUAACUUCAACAGCUCUUUCACAGCUUCUACAGUUGCAAUGUAUAGAUCAAAUAACUGCAUUAUCAAAAAUAAAUUCCUGUAUGUGUAAAUGUAA